AUGGCCAUCCCCAAGGCUUUGCUUGUUGCUAUCCUCGGAUGCGCCUUCUUCUGCAGCGCUGUGCUCGCAGCACGCGAGCUGAGCGAUGACUCGGCCAUGGCGGCGAGGCACGAGCAGUGGAUGGCCCAGUACGGCCGCGUCUACAGGGAUGCUGCCGAGAAGGCGAGGCGGUUUGAGGUGUUCAAGGCUAAUGUCAAAUACAUCGAGUCUUUCAACGCUGCGGGGAACCGCAAGUUUCGGCUCGGCGUCAACCAGUUCGCUGACAUCGCCAGUGACGAGUUCAGGGUGACCAAGACUAACAAGGGCUUUAAACCAAGUGUGGUGAAGGUUCCUACCGGAUUUAGGUAUGAGAAUGUCAGCAUCGAUGCGCUUCCGGCAACUGUUGACUGGAGGACCAAGGGUGCUGUCACUCCUAUCAAGGAUCAAGGCCAAUGUGGUUGCUGCUGGGCGUUCUCAGCAGUGGCUGCAACGGAGGGCAUCGUCAAGAUCAGCAACGGCAAGCUCGUUUCUCUCUCGGAGCAAGAGUUGGUGGAUUGUGAUGUCCAUGGUGAGGACCAGGGCUGCGAGGGUGGUUUGAUGGACGACGCAUUCAAGUUCAUCAUCAAGAACAGUGGUCUGACCACCGAGUCCAGCUACCCUUACACGGCGGCGGAUGGCAAGUGCAAGGGCGGAUCCAACAGCGCCGCAACCAUCAACGGCUACGAAGACGUGCCGGCCAACGAUGAGGCUGCCCUCAUGAAGGCGGUGGCCAACCAGCCCGUGUCUGUGGCAGUGGAUGGGGGAGACAUGACAUUUCAGUUCUACUCUGGUGGUGUGAUGACCGGCUCCUGCGGCACUGACUUGGACCACGGGAUUGCAGCCAUUGGUUAUGGAAAGACCAGUGAUGGCACAAAAUUCUGGCUGAUGAAGAACUCAUGGGGCACGACGUGGGGAGAGAAUGGUUACCUGAGAAUGGAGAAGGAUAUUUCGGACAAAAGAGGCAUGUGUGGCCUCGCCAUGGAGCCUUCCUACCCCACUGAGUAG